GAGAUCCGGCGGAACCUUGGCACCGCGGACGCCGGUUUCCGGCGGGUUCCUUAGAGAACGGAACAGCCUCGGGCCGAAGGACCAUGAGAGGGCCGGAUCCGGGUCCCGAACCUACGAUGGAGGGGGACGUGCUGGACACACUGGAGGCCCUGGGGUAUAAGGGACCACUGUUGGAAGAGCAAGCACUUACAAAGGCAGCAGAGAGUGGACUGUCUUCACCUGAAUUUUCAGAGCUCUGUGUUUGGUUAAGCUCUCAAAUAAAAUCACUGUGCAACUUGGAAGAAAGUAUCACUUCAGCUGGGAGAGAUGAUCUAGAAAGCUUCCAGCUUGAAAUAAGUGGCUUUUUAAAAGAAAUGGCAUGUCCAUAUUCUGUACUCAUCUCUGGAGAUAUUAAAGACCGCUUAAAAAAGAAGGAUGACUGUUUGAAACUACUAUUAUUUUUAAGUACAGAGCUUCAAGCUUUACAGAUACUACAGAACAAGAAGUGUAAAAAUUCUCAAUUAGAUAAAAAUAGUGAAAUUUAUCAGGAAGUUCAGGCUAUCUGCGAUACCCUUGGGAUUCCCAAGUCAACAACUUCUGACAUUCCACUUAUGCUAAGCCAAGUGGAAUCAAAGGUGAAAGAUACUCUCUCAAAAGUCCAGAAAAAUCAUGUGGGAAAACCACUGCUGAAAAUUGAUUUAAGUCUGGAACAGGCGGAAAAACUGGAAAGAAUCAAUGAUGCUCUUUCAUGUGAAUAUGAGUGCCGCCGGCGGAUGUUGAUGAAACGAUUAGAUGUAACAGUGCAGUCCUUUGGGUGGUCUGACAGAGCAAAGUUAAAAACAGAUGACAUAGCAAGAAUUUACCAACCUAAGCGUUACGCUUUGUCACCCAAGACAACAAUAACCUUGGCACAUUUACUUGCUGCCCGUGAAGAUCUGUCCAAGAUCAUCAGGACAAGUAGUGGAUCCAGCCGGGAGAAGACAGCGUGUGCCAUUAAUAAGGUGCUGAUGGGAAGGGUGCCUGACAGGGGAGGACGGCCGAAUGAAAUUGAACCACCGCCGCCUGAGAUGCCCCCCUGGCAGAAGAGACAGGAAGGCGGCGGCAGGGGUGGCUGGGGUGGUGGAGGCGGUGGCAGGGGAGGUGCUGGGAGCGGGAGAGGCGGCGGCUGGGGCGGGGGAGGCGGCUGGGGCGGUGGCGGGGCAGGGGGAGGCGGCUGGGGCGGUGCCGGGGCAGGGGGUGGUAGAGGAGGAGGUUUCCAAGGCAGGGGAGACUAUGGUGGGAGGGGAGACCACGGUGGGAGAGGGGGCUAUGGAGGCAGAGGAGGCUAUGGCGGAAGAGGUUAUGGAGAUCCGUAUGGAGGAGGUGGUGGUGGGUAUAGAAGAUACUAAAAGCCGCAACAUUUAGAUAGCAGUGCUUACUUCUUGAUAGAUACAUUAGGCAUAGUAUUCUAAACAACUACUUGAGUGUCAUCUUUGAAGUAAACACCAUGUUAGAUUCCCUGAUGGUAUCAUUCUUGAAUUGGCUUGACUAUGUAAAAGAACAUUGUUUUAUACUGUUUGAUCUCUUAGACAAAGUGAUGAUUUUUUCCACACUCUGUGUACUCUUGAGCAUGUUAUGUCUUUUUAAAAAACAAAAAAAUGAGGAAAAAAUAUUUUUAAAAGUGUAAAUAUAUUAUUACCAUCAAACUUGGAAAAUGGAAAGUAUUUUAUUGUCAUGAUUGAAUUUAGAUUGUUACCUGUAUUUUAUUCAGGUCUGAGACACAUAAAUGACCCCACUUGUAGUGGAAAGGAAUAUAAACUUAUUGCCUCAUCUGUA